UACAUGCGACCGGACAUGGCUCCUUCGUCCCACGGCUCCCCGUCCAUAGGGGGCAGAUAUAAGGCGCAAGGGCGAGAGAGUGCGACAUUCGGCUGCCAUCCUCCAGAAGGAGCAGUCUUGGUCAGCACGAAGAGGACAGACAUGAAGGGUCUUUUCGUCUUGGCCUUCGUCGCCGCGCUGUGCGUCGCUCCCUUCCGAGCUGAGGGGCCGCCUGGAGUGCUGCGUCCUCUGCCCCGCCCUGGCUAUGGGGGAGUGCAGACUCUGCCGGCGCCUUUGCCCGCUCCUUUGGGGUCCUCGUUUAAGCAGACCAGGCCUUCUUAUCGACCUCAGAUCCAGCCCUCGCUCAUACAGACCAAACCCCUGCCUCGCCCUGUAACUCUCCCGGCGAAACUGCCAGAGGACCUCAGGCAGACGAGGCCUAUUGCUCGCCCUCAGACUCAGCCCCUGCCAGUAGUGCUCCCUGCCGACCUUAGCUCCUCGGGCAAGCAAACCAAGCCCCUGCCUCGCCCUGUGACCCUCCCAGCGAAACUACCAGAGGACCUCAAGCAGACGAGACCCGUUGUUCGCCCGCAAGUCCAGCCCGCGCAUCCCUCUGGCGGCGUCCGGCCCCUGCCAGCAGUGCUCCCAGCCGACCUCAGGGGAUCGGGGAAGCAAACCAAGCCCCUACCCCGCCCUGUGCCCCUUCCAGCAGUGGACCUCAAGCAGACAAGACCCGUCGCGCGUCCCUCGUACCACAGACCCCAAGUCCUACCUGCUUACCCUUCAGGAGGAAGACAGACCCUUCCCGCCGCACUUCCCGCAGACCUCCAGGGACCGAGGAAGCAGACAAGACCUGUACUCCGACCUUCGCCGUACAGCCCUCUGAGGGAAA